CGCGAGUAAAUAGGUGGCUGGGCACUACACCUCUGCAUCACCCACCGAAAAGUCCAGAGGUUGGUAGUUAUCCCAAAUCUUUCCCAGCCAUCGAAUAUCCGCCCAAUUGUCUGGUAUUGGUAUACGAAACUGCUCCGACUAAUUGACUGACUGACCGCUUCUCUCCUUUCCUUCUCUCCUUUUCUGAGGAGAUUCUCUAACAAAACCAAUAAGUCUUCACCCUCGUUAGCAGAACGUGUGAACUGAUCCUCAAGGCUCUUGAUUUAUUGUGGCCAACUCUCAACUUGACUUAACUUAACCUCCUUUAACAAGAUCUCACUAUUACAGGGCCCGGCUUUCGCUCGUUGUCACCAACCGUCGUCUUUAGCCCACAUACAUUCCAGUGUCGAUUGUCUACCGAGACAUCGAUUUCUCCCGUCCGCAUUCCACCGCUCCUUCACCUCGACAAGAACCAGUUGUUCCCGAGACAGAUUGACUGAUCCAGUGGAGGAAGUUCGGGGUCGAUCAAAGGAUCGCUUCCAGAGUGUUACGCGACCAAGCGGUAACAGAAAGAGCAAGGAAACCAAGUGAUAGCAGUCUUGAGAAACUCGUGUUCGUCACUCCCUAACUGGGGGACGAGCGCAGACGACUCAGUUGUUUCCCACCACUACUUCAACCGACAACACCUUGAAGGAGUGCAGGAUCAACAUCAUUCACGAUGGGUUCCGGGACGAGCAGCAGCAGCAGCUCGUCCUCUAGAAGGCAAAAAGUCCAGGUCGGCUGGUAUCGCUUCGUUCCAUUCCUCGGUUAUCACCAUGUAUUGAUGAUCCUUAUCGCCAUCGCCAUUAUUCUAUUAUCACUGCUUCUCGCUGGCUGUUCAUCGUCCUCGCCACUUAUCCCUGAUAUCUUCCUACUAUCUAUCUACUACAAGAGCUACACAGCAGUGCCCGAUACAGCCCAGGUCGACUACAACCUCCAUUCAGCUAUCGAGAACAUCGCAGGUGACGCUUCAUUGCAAGCUCGCGUUGGUUAUUUCGGUAUCUGUAUCAACCCCGACGGUGGUUCCUGGCUGUGCAGCAACAAUGCAACUGCACUGGCUAAGGAGGUUGAUGUGGACCAAGAUCCUCUCAACCUCAUCUGGCUGGCUGCUCAGUUCAAAGAUAUGAUUGUAUUCCCAUAUCUCAUUAUCAUCGCCAUCAUCUUUGCUUUCGUCUGCCUUCUCCUUCUCGCGACCUUCCCUGGAUGGCACGAGGAGACCGAUUCAGAAGGCUCUGACCGCGAAGUCAAGCCUUUCCCGUCUCGUCCCGUCUCCCAAAUUGCCCUUGCCCUGAUCUUCAUCUCAGCUAUCUUCGUCCUCGUAUCUGUGCUAUGGCAACAUACAGCGUCCGUAGCCGCCUCGGUUAUAGCCCAGGAUUUCGGAAACGGAGCUGUCAAGAGUGGUGUGGGUACCAGCGCCAUGGUAUUGGGUUGGUUCUCAUUCGCCCUACUGAUAGUCGUCACUAUCGGUCUACUCAUUAUGAUCCUCAGUAUAAGCGUUCUCAGUUCGAUGGUAUAGAAUACCUCGAAUUCACCUGAGUCAUCGCGGACUAUUGCGGACUAAGUUGUCGAAUAAAUGUACAUAUGUCGACUAUAAUCUUCGACACGAGGAUGGUAAGAUCAAAGAUGGUAAAGGAGGGCAUCAGCAUCGGAGUUACGGAAAUGAUUUUGUUUAUUUAAAAACGUUGAGCGAUCGGUUAUAAUUUCGGUCUUUCAGCCUUGACAUGGGACGGCACAGUGACACCGUACCGCAACGCUUUAUUCUAUUCACGAUAUAGCCUGACUCAUGACAUGAUGAGAUAUCGGAUAAUCGAUACGAUGGCCACUGAAAACAGAGGCUCCUCGGCCGAAACUCGGCAUGACCAUGAGCUGGAACGAUGAAGCGAAACGAGGAACGCACAUCUUUUUUGCAUAUAGACUGAGGGACCACACAGAAAACCGAUCUCUCAAGAUGAGAGACCGCGUGGAAUGGAUGCGCUACAAGAUAUGAUUUUUGAGACCACGAAUGGGAUGUGGUACGGGAAUAUGGGAUAUAUGUCUUGACGUGUGAGGAGGAAUGGGAAUUGUUUAUCGACAUGUAUUAUCAAGGCAAUUUAUUGUCACGCGUUUGCGAAAUUGAGGAUUUGGGUCUGAAUUUGAUCUUUGUUUGCAUUGCUGAUCACUUUCUAUGCUUCUUAUUUAUAGAUUGAACUUGCGAGUGUGUGUGUGUGUGUGCGUGAGAGAAUGUCGAGGGUUUCGACACCUUGAACGGGCAGGAUUUGAUGGGUGAAAAUAAGGGGAAAUAGCUGUGCUUCUAAUAGGUAGUGAUGAGCUCCUUCUUUACCGAAGAUCAUCGAAACAAUAAAUCAAGUUGCGAAUA